CAACGGGGUGCACAUGUUCGUGUGCAGGGGGCCUUAUAAUUAGCCGUUCCUCAGCUGAAACACAACGCUGCAUGUUGGUGUCCAUGAAGGUCAAGCCAGGCCUCAACUCCACCAAAAGCAGAUCAAACGUUGUAAUCGACAUCCGACAAGAAUUAUAAAAUUUUGCAGGGUGCUCACGUAGGUCUGCAUACAGACUUGUGAACUGACCUUUGCAAGCCCUCUGCGAAAUAAUAGGAUGAACCCACAUCUUCUUCCUCCGCGGUUCCUCCUCAAGCAUUUCUCUCCGCUCUCCAAAGCAUCAGUUCACACAACAGUAUUUUUUUUAUGAUUGUGGGUCAGUGAAAAAAAAUCACUGGAGACUGGCACUACUUUGGUCCGUGAUGCAGACCACCACACGCCCAUUAUAGUCUAUGGGUGUCUAGGGCAUCCGUGUUGCGUCCUUGUUUGGUCUGUUUUUCGUGUACCAUUGUUGGAGAUGCUCUGGAAAUUCAUUUAAAGCCUCAUUCACAUGUCACAGUUUUGGUCCGUGAUUUCCAUCAGUAAUUGUGAGCCAAAACCUGCAGUGGACCUACACAGAGAUACGUUAUAAAGCCUCCUACACACAUCCAUAGCCAUGCUUAAGUCAGUGAUGCAUCCGUGAAGCUGCACCUGGUUUUGGCUCACAAUCACUGACCAAACACUGAUGUGUGAAUGAGGCAUAAAGCUGAGCAGUGUCCACGGAAAAGGGUGACACACAGAAAUCUUCACGGAUGAAACAGGGACUGAUUUUUUCACAGACGUCAAACGAACACGGAAAUGUGAACAGGGCCUAACGCAGCUAUCUUAUGCGUAUAGGAAGCGUCUGACUCAAGAAACCCAGUAUGUGUGUCUGCUGCAACUCCUGGGCCGACCGCUACUCCCCCGAUCCAAACUGACUGCAUCAUAGUCAUUUAUGAUGGUCUCUGAUUGCGGUGCUAAAGCAGCGUACCCCCAUCAUCCAUUGAGUACAUUGCAAUAGCCCCGCAAUCAGAUAUGAACUGACUGUAUCCUAAAUUACUAUGCUAGUUCAGGUCAGGGGAGCCACAGUCAACCCGGCCCCCUCAGCAGUAUUAUACAAUGAGAUUGUAUACAGAGACGAUGUAGGAAACGGCCGGAGCGGCAGUCGGGCCUCUUCUGAGAGCGUGAUCUUGACUAGCCUCAGGCAUUGGGGUUAUGAAAAAGUUGCUUGGGGGGGGUGUCAUUCAAAAAUUGGGGGGCUGUGGGGCCCAGUCAUUUCUAGUUACGCCACUGGACUGAGCUGAAGUUUAAAUCCAUGUGUCAGCACAGGGCAGAGUACUGUUUGCCCCUGUAAUUCCUCUGGACAGAGGCGAUAGCAGAUGCCCAGGGCAAUGAUCGGGAACAAGCAUUGCUCAGACAUACGGCUGCACAGGCAGUAAUCAUCUCCUCUGUAUGGGGAUGAACUACGCUCGUUCAUCCCCAUAAGUUCCAAUGGUUUUAGGUGCCCCAUAGAAGAUGUUCUCACCAGAGGGUGAUCGGCAGCACCUUUGACGUGGGGCAAUUAUUGGGCAAUUAUUAGUAUUCAUCCCUGAAAUAAUUCUGAUCCUUGUAAAAGGGCCCUAACAGUAAAAAAAAAAAGUAUGACAGCUAUUGAGCCUGGGUUGUUAAAGGGGUUCUCUCACCCUAUUGGCCCGGCUCUUUCCUAGUGUCUGGCGGUCAGUGUCAUGGAUACAUAUGUCCUUCAUGGGGAGAACCAGUUACCAUAUUGACAGGGCUGGUACUGUAGCAGGGACUAUGGAAACUGUCCAGCAGUGCCCCCCGCUAACCCAUGACAUUACUGUGUGGGGCUGGCACUGCCCUGUCCCUCUCUCCGCCCCCCUGUGUCGCAGCUGUCUCUUGGCGGCCUCUCAGGCUGUGUGUCCCCGGCGCCCAGUGCCUGCAAGUGCCGGCCUCACCUCUCCGUACGUGCCGCAGGCCGCAGCAGCAUUGCGCAUGAGCGAGAUCGCAGAGAGCCCGUGAGAGCGGAGAACACCACUCACACUCACCGGGAGGCCGAGCACCAACAUGAACAAGUUGAAAUCCUCGCAGAAAGAUAAAGUUCGGCAGUUUAUGAUCUUCACACAAUCCAGUGAAAAGACUGCAGUAAGUUGCCUGUCCCAGAAUGACUGGAAGUUAGAUGUGGCCACAGACAACUUUUUUCAGAACCCUGAACUCUAUAUCCGAGAGAGUGUAAAAGGCGCAUUGGACAGGAAGAAAUUAGAGCAGCUUUAUAAUAGAUACAAAGACCCUCAGGAUGAAAAUAAAAUUGGAAUAGAUGGCAUCCAGCAGUUCUGUGAUGAUUUGGCACUUGAUCCUGCCAGCGUCAGUGUAUUAAUUAUUGCCUGGAAAUUCAAAGCGGCCACACAAUGCGAGUUUUCAAAGCAGGAGUUCAUGGAUGGUAUGAUUGAAUUAGGGUGUGACAGCAUAGAAAAGUUAAAAGCACAGUUACCGAAAAUGGAACAAGAAUUAAAAGAAGCGGGCAAAUUUAAAGACUUUUAUCAGUUUACAUUCAACUUUGCAAAAAAUCCAGGGCAAAAAGGUCUAGACUUAGAGAUGGCCAUUGCCUAUUGGAAUUUAGUACUAAAUGGAAGAUUUAAAUUCCUAGACUUAUGGAACAAGUUUUUAUUGGAACAUCAUAAACGAUCAAUACCUAAGGACACGUGGAACCUUUUACUAGAUUUCAGCACAAUGAUAGCAGAUGAUAUGUCGAACUAUGAUGAGGAAGGAGCAUGGCCAGUUCUCAUUGAUGACUUUGUGGAGUUUGCACGUCCUCAAAUUGCAGGGACAAAAAGUACAACAGUGUAGCACUAAGGAACCUUGUAGAAUGUACAUAGUCUGUACAAAGUAACACAACAGAAAAUUGCACAGUCAAAGUACUUCUGGCUGGACUACAGUGAAUCGGCCCUUUCAGCAGUUUGAAGGGUUGAACAGACAUUUUGAGACCUCUUAAGACCAUAUCCUAUUUCGUUUUCUUUUUUGGUGGUUUGGGCCUCUCUACUAGACCUGGAACGCAAUUUCCACUUCAUGUCUCCAUAUGGUGGAUUUCAUCACAUAUCUGUGGAAUAUCCUAGUUUGCUAACUCAUAACAUCUUCUGUCACAUGACUUCUGUGGCUUUCACAUUCUCAUAUAGCACAAUGGCGCCUUCAUCUGCUAACUUCAUCAUGGCCUUAGUUUUGGAGCCUAUGCAGGCAGCACCCCACCAGAUGGAGUGCUGCUCUUCUAUAAAGCAAAAGUGUGGUUCCUCAUGGCCUGGAUUUCAGCAACACAAAGGUAAACCCCUGCUUGUAAAUACCAAAGGGUUUGGCGGAAGUGGAGAGGACUCUCAAAUCAACAAUCAUACGAUGAUUUUCUUCGUCAUCCUUGUUAGAUUUUGGAUCAUUUUCUGAAAAUAUUCUGUAUUUUUAAGAAACAAAACUGCACUUAUUUCUUACUCUAGGUUAAGAAGAAGUCAAGGUUUGUAUUAGAGUCUGUGCUAGUGGUUGGUGUCAGUACACUUCUAUGAUGUUGGUAUUUACAGAGAUGAACAUUCACUCCACUUUCGUUUGAAGGAGGAUAGAUUUUUGGUCCGUCUUUUGUCUCAUCACCCCCCCCCCCCCCCUACCCUUUUGUUUUUUUGCUGCUCUUUGUACAUCUGUCUGUAUCCCUGUAUGGGAUUUUUACAGAAGAGGAAGGUCAAUGCGUAUACUCAUUAAACCAUACUAAGCAUUUCUACACAAGAGAGGUGGUCAGCUAAAAUAAUAACAAAAAAACUGUUAAUUUGGGGUCAUAUCUUCUGUAAUGGCUGACUUGUCAUGAAUUAUUUUAAGAAACGAGGCGUCCCAGCUCCAGAAUGCCAAGCUCCGUUUUUGUUUUCUUUUAAAAUCUGGAGGUAUCCAUAAAAUAUUUAAUUAACUUGA